CCUUGUCUCAGAAAGCUCCCUGAAGGGCGUGGUUGCCAAGGAAACGAGGCCCAGUUCAGUCUCCCCGAGGAUUUCUCGUGGAUUAUCAACAAUCAUUUUUAAAUGUGGAAAAUGAUUCUGAAGAUAGCUAGAGACAUGCAGAGAAUUACUGAUUGUCAUAUCAUUAAUUCCCACAUCUUGCUGAUGAAUUGACUACAAUUUUAGUCUUGCAGCUGAAACAAGAUGACCUAUAUUCCAAGGAAAUGUGGUGUUAAAUUUAAACCACCCACCAUUGUUUUAAUCUACGAAGAUGAAAAUACUAAGAAGACUCGACAAAGACUCAUACCUAUUCGAAACUUUUCGAGAUUUUCAGAUUGCAGCCAAGCUGCAGAAGAGAUUAAGAAUAACCCUCGACAUCAGCUAUACCUCGAUGGAGUGUCACAACAGCAACUGCAGAAAUUGUACCAGCUUCUGAAGGACUGCCUGAAUGGGCUAAGCCUUGAAAAUAGUUUGGAGGCAUUUGUGAGGACAAACCCCAUUAACCCAGAGGAAGAUCUCAAUAAACUUGAUGACAAUGAAUUGGCAAAAAAGAAAAAAAUAAUGGAUGAAUUGUUUGAAAAGAACAGGAGAAAGCCCAAUGACCCAGAAUUUGUUUAUGAUCUGGAAGUUGACUUUCCUCAGGAUGGACAAAUUGAGUCAUGUGGCUGGGAUGAAGAGGAGCAAGAGGGAGAGAUUUGAUUUUCAUUAAGAAUUUGCCAUUGUGCACCUGAAACUAGAAUAAUCUAGUGGCUAUCUACUCACACUUGACUCAUAAUAAAUUAACAAAUGAUCAACCAGCGUGAUUAAUUUACAUGGAAUUCUAUCCAAGCAGAGCAUGAUGUUAUCACUUUAAACGUAAUUGUGUUUUUUGUGUACAUUAUGCUGAUGGGUCUUACUGCCCUGGAAUGAAGAUUUGAGUUGUCAUGUGUACCAUAUGUUGAACAAGUGUAACAAUGUUUAUCUAUAAUGACUUUCAUUGCAUUUCUCCAAAUUCAGUUUUUAUUGGUAUAGGUUGCUUGCAAUUUCAAUAUUUUUACAACUGCAAUACAUUUUUCACUGUGAUAUUUUCAGAAUACAGUACAUGUGAAAAUUUUUCCAGAAAGAUGGGAUAGAUUUUCCCAACAGCUGGGACAGGAAGUUAGUGGAAAUAUGCCCAUAUUACACAAUGCCACUGACCUUCACCAGGUUCUCAGCAAAAAAAUGAAAAUCUAUUACAUUCUUCAUUGAUUCACUAUUUUUGAACAACUCAUUGCAAGUCCCUCCCUGGAUCACCAUCCCUUCUCCAUUUCCCAGAUAAGGCCCAUCCUAACUAUCAGUUAAUGGAUUAGUUACUUUCAGAUUCCAAUUUGCAAGGUACUGGCUGAAAAUAGCAACUUGCAAAUUGGGUUGGGGAAAAAACAUGUUUUUGAGGAUUUAAAAGUAUGCGUUGAUUGAAAAACAAUAAAGUAAUGGAUUAACUUUUUUCUGUGGAUUUCAAAUAUGAAGUCGGAAAACGCAGGACUAUUUGCCACUUAAGUUGAGAUACCUUUAUAGCUUAAGCAUGCAUUUAGCACAUGGAAGCUACAUUCUCCUAUCCAUUUAAGUUUUAACUAAUGUUUCAAACUCACUCUAGAGUGGGGAUAUGAAAACAUCGAGGUGAACAGCAACUUGAGACAAUUCCAUAGAAUUUGGAAAACUUGCAUGAACAGCGAGCAUACUAAAUUCAUCAACAAACUCUGAUCUGGUUCCCAGGAACCAUCAAACAAUGGAAUACAAGGGAACAAGAAUUUCUAUCCAAGGAAAUUGAUUUGACAACUGGCAAAGGGAUGUUGCGAUGAAAGGUAGGCAAGAGUUGAUCUAUGUGGUGCUACAAAGUUCUCUGCAGAAGGGAAUAGACAUAUUUUGUAUACAAUCUAAAACUUGAACAGAUUGGAGGUAAAUAAACUUGGAUCUUUUCUCUAAGUCACCAUGGGAAUAUUAAUUUGUCCUAAUUAUUUCACCCACAAUAUGCAACAUACAAGAAAAAAGUCAGCUUGGUCUACAGUGUUUAUUGUAGCACUUCGUUGAAGGACGUAAUUAAAUAAAAUUGUUACUACUGA